AUGAUUUCCACCAGACCCAUCUUGAGAGCAAGAGCUCAGUUGCUUAUAAAAAUUGCCGCUCCAUUAAGAACCUACGCUUCCGUCGGAGAAAGCAUCUCGUCAAGCAAGGUCUUUGAAAACUCACCUGGUAAUGACGUCAAUUUAGCCGAGGAGACCAGUUCAGGCAAGUCCAUCAUCGUGGGCGUCCCCGGUGCGUUCAGCCCAGGCUGCUCAAAGUCACACGUCCCAGGCUACAUCAAGAACUCCAAAGCAUUUGGCGACAAGGGCUACAAGCAGAUUUUUGUGGUUGCCGUCAAUGACCCCUUUGUUACAAAGGCUUGGGGUGACGACUUGUCCGACGCAAAUGGAGCGUCCAACGUUCGCUUCAUAGCAGACCCCACUGGAGCGUUCACCAAAGAGCUUGACUUGCUUUUCGAUGCUACCAAAGUCUUUGGCAAUGAGCGGUCCAAGAGAUACGCCUUGACUGUCGAGGAUGGCAAGAUAACCAACACUUUUGUCGAGCCUGACAACACUUCUGUCAAUGUGUCAGAUGCUGUAAAAGUUUUACAGGAUAUUUAA